UGAUCCCGCGCGGCUGCCGUAACGCAAACACGAUCCAAAAUGGCGUCGCAGGACAGUGAUGGGGAGGAGGAUUUUGUCACCUAUGGGAAGGUUUUGGAGCAAUAUGAGGAAGGAGAAAAAGCUAAGAAGCCAAUUCCUCUUCAGGAUCAGACCGUCAAAGAUGAAAAAGGGCGAUUUAAACGUUUUCAUGGGGCAUUUAUGGGAGGAUUCUCUGCUGGGUACUACAACACAGUUGGUUCUAAAGAAGGCUGGGCACCAUCUACCUUUGUUUCAUCACGUUCUACAAGAUCUGAAAGACAAAUUAGGAGGCCAGAGGACUUUAUGGAUGAUGAGGAUCUUGGUGAAUUUGGAAUUGCUCCUAAUGAAAUUUUGACUACAGAUGAUUUUGCAUCAAAGACCAAGGACAGAAUUCGGGAAAAGGCCAGAGAGCUUGCAUCUGUAACUGCACCUAUACCCGGAGCGACCAUGCUGGAGGAUUUAAUUGCACCAGCUAAGAUCAGUAUUGGUGUCCAGUUACUGCGGCAAAUGGGCUGGAAAGAAGGGCAAGGAGUUGGUCCCAGGACAAAGAGAAAACCCAGGAAUCAGAAGCCUGGUGACUUAAAGGUCUACGGUUGUGCAUUACCACCUACAGGCUCUGAAGGUUCAGAGGACGAUGACGAUGAUGAUGAUGAUGAUGAAUUCCUACCGGAGAAUGUUACAUUUGCCCCGAAAGAUGUAACGCCGAUAGAUUUCACCAUCAAGGACAACGUCCACGGGCUUGGCUAUCGAGGGCUUGAUCCACGCCAGGCAUUAUUUGGAACUAUGCAUGGGUCGUUAAAUCUGUUCGGUGAUGGAUCUGACAAAAUAAACAGUCUGCUUGGAGAUGUACGGCACAGCAAAGGAAGGAAAAUUGGAAUAUCUGGCCAGGCAUUUGGCGUAGGGGCAUUGGAAGAUGAAGAUGAUGAUAUCUAUGGCACGGAGACUAUGUCCAAAUAUGACACGGUGAUAGAAGAAGAGAGUGGCGAUGGUUUGUUUGGGUGGACAGCACCAAAAGAAUACAAAAAGAGGAAGGGGGCUGGAAGGGAACUUCAGUAUAUCGGUAAAAUAUUGGAGGGAUUUUGUGCUGCAGCUACGCGUGCUCAACAAAAAAAGGUUUAUCUUCCUCCCGAGCUCCCCAGGGAUUACAGCCCUGUUCAUUAUUUCCGGCCUGUACUAACUCCAAGCAGUCAUAGCUCUUUGACUCUUCAAGCAAUGCUGGACUCGUCUCAGAAAGCUUCUCCGAAACUUGCAGAAGACCAGCCGCAUAGCAGGCACCAACUGAAUUCACGGCAGAGAAGGGAUCUGCUGGGAGAAACACCGCUUCAAGGUCCCACCACGGUGUUGGAUAUGCUCACUGAUAAAGAUCGCGAGCGAAUCAAGGAAGUGAAACAAGCUGUUGAGCAGCAGAGAUUAAAAGCACAGACCCUUGCUCAGGAAGCUUUAAAGAGUCGCUUUCAGCCGCCAUCUUCGGAGGAAACGCACGGAAAACUCCAAGAACAUCUGCUUGGCAGGACGCUCGUCCCGGGUCAUUCUGAAGAGUUUAAACCAUUUGACAAAAAUCCAGAAAAACAAAAAAGAUAUGAAAACUAUAUUAGGUCACUUCACCAAGGACAAAAAGGUGCUUUGGAGAGUUCUGUGGAUGCCAAGAUGACGGAAUGGGAGCGUGGCCGUGAGCAGGAUGAGUUUAUGCGAUCAGCAAUGCUUUACAAGCCUUCCAGCACCACACUGUCAUCGCGAUUUACACGCGCCAAGCAUGAGGAUGACUUGGAUAAGGUUGAAGUUGCAAGAGAUGAAGAGGGUGAUCUGAAUGACAAAGCUUCCGCUGUAAAAAUGAAAAUGUUUGGUAAACUGACGAGAGACAAGUUUGAGUGGCACCCGGACAAAUUGCUGUGUAAGAGGUUUAACAUCCCCGAUCCUUAUCCAGGGUCAACUAUCAUUGGGCUACCAAAAGUAAAACGGGACAAGUUUUCUGUGUUCAACUUCCUGACUGUUCCUGAAACUUCAAAUCCACAUGUGGAUAUCACAAGAAACAAGCCUUCAGAGGCAGCAGCUGAAAUCAAACCUAAGAAGUCUUCUAGAUGGGACCAGUCUACUUCAGAGAAAAAAGAUUCAAUCAGUGAGUUUAUAAGUCAGACACGAAGUGAAAUAGUUAAGAAGGAAGAUUUGAACCCAGCAGAGGAAAAUAAGAAAAGAUCAGAAACCUCGACACCACCAGUGAAGGCUGCCACCGAUCACACAGAUCCGCUACAAGAACACGACGAAGUUGAAGAAAGGCCAUCAAUAGAUAUAUUCAAAGCUAUAUUUGCCGAUUCAUCUGAUGAAAAAUCUUCCUCGUCAGAGGACGAGAGUGAAGAUGAAUCUCCUGCUGUUCCGAAAGAGGCUUCUAUUACUGAACCUAUGGUGCCAUCAUCCACUGCACAAGAUUCAGUUCCUGCAUUGCAUGUGCUAGAAAAGCCUGUCAUCCCAGAGGUGGAGGAGAUUCAGGAGAAGAGGACUUUGGAUGAAGAAUUUGGUCCUAGGCUGCCUCCUACAUCGGCCUCAUGCAAUUCUGGGAAGUCUGAUGCAGCUCCGUCAACGAGUAUGGAUCAACCAAUUAAAAAACAGAAAGUGAAAAAGAACAAAGAAAAACGCAAGGUGAAAAAAGACCAUAAACACAAGAAAGAAAAGAAAAGAAAGCACAAGAAGCAAAAACAUAAAAAGCACCGUAAUAAAGAGGCGAGCAGUUCUGACACCGGAGACAGCAGCACAAGUCAUAGUGAUUCAGAGCAGGCAGUGGAACUAACCCCAAAGGAACUAUUAAAAAGGUUGAAAAAUCUUCCAAUACUGCGGUAGCUGGCAAAUGGCGUUCACCACAACUACUUUUUGUAAAGAACAAUUUACUGCAUCUCCUUUGACCCAUUUUUUUUGUGUUUUUUGUUUUUUAAUAGCUCUACCCCCUGAUGCUACAGAACACAAAGCUAAUUUGUAAAUAUAUGUAUAAAUCAAACCAAGUUCUGCUUGAAUUUGUAAAUUUUCUAUUUAUCUGAAUCUCUGACUGGAAUUUAUAAUA